CGAGGAGUUCCGGGGACCGGGAGGCCUCCGCGCGGUGGUCUCCAGAGCUGGCGAAUUGAGUGCUGCUGUUCCGCCCUGGAGCCGCUGCGCCGCCGCCGCCGGGAUCAUGGUGUUCUACUUCACCAGCAGCAGCGUUAACUCAUCAGCUUACACUAUUUACAUGGGAAAAGAUAAAUAUGAAAAUUUGGCCAACCACCUGACUUUUGUGAUGAAACCUGGGAUCAUGCUUUACAUUUUGUUUAUGAAUAUUCAGUGGUUUCAUGUGGACAAACUCUCUUCGGCUCAUGUAUACCUUCGAUUACAUAAGGGGGAGAAGAUAGAAGACAUUCCAAAGGAAGUCCUGAUGGACUGCGCCCAUCUUGUGAAGGCGAAUAGCAUUCAAGGCUGCAAGAUGAACAACGUUAAUGUGGUAUAUACACCGUGGGCUAACCUGAAGAAAACAGCUGACAUGGAUGUGGGACAGAUAGGCUUUCACAGGCAGAAGGAUGUGAAAAUUGUGACUGUGGAGAAGAAAGUGAAUGAGAUCCUGAACCGGUUGGAAAAGACCAAAAUGGAGCGGUUCCCUGACCUAGCAGCAGAGAAGGAAUGCAGAGACCGGGAAGAGAGGAAUGAGAAAAAAGCCCAAAUUCAGGAGAUGAAAAGGAGAGAAAAGGAAGAGAUGAAGAAGAAGCGAGAAAUGGACGAACUAAGGAGCUAUUCAUCAUUGAUGAAAGUUGAGAACAUGUCUUCAAAUCAGGACGGCAAUGACUCUGAUGAAUUCAUGUGAAUGGAGGAAAGGACCUUUGAAAGAUGUGAAUUGCAGGACAGUUUCAGAUGGUCUGAUUUCACCUGUAUUCAGAGAUACAAAAAAAACAAAUUCUACCUUCAUUCUGCACAAAUACUACCAACGUUGGAGUUAAAAAAAAAAAAAAAGUGUUCCCUUUUUUGCUGACAGAAAAGGAUCAGAUAUUUAUAAUAUAUUUGGACUUGAAAACAGCAUAUAACUUUAGGAAAGUGAAAAUAUUUUUGCUGAAACAUGUCUUGGUACCUCAUGAAAGUUGGCUGCCCCUAUUUCUGGGAUAGACUUUAGAACAAACCAGCUCUGCAAAGUAUUUGUUCCUGUGAUCUGUCCCUGAAAACAGAUGUCUUGAAAAACUUUUCAUAUUUCUUAAAAUAGCUUCACUUCUGUUAAGAAGAAUGUAUCAGUGAGCAAUAUAUGCGAACGUUGCCCUCAACCCUCAUUUCCUGACUAGAACAAAAAUGCUUAUGGGUUUUGAUGGUGAUAGUGAUAUUUUCAGAAGAUUGCUGGCUUCAGCAUUCUCGUCCCAUUGUGCCGGGUGAGUCUCUUUGCAGAGUUGUCCGCGGCUCUCAUUUUGUCCUGGCUUCUGUCUUGCACAUCCGUUCUCUGAGCGAGGGCCUCCCCCUAGGUACCAUCAUGCUUAGAGAAGUAGUCCACCUUAAUCAAAGUUGAGCAUGUAGCAGUGUUUACCCGAGCACCUAGUAACCCAAGCCACAUACGUACAACUUCAGGCUCCAGAGCCAUGUCUCAGCGCCAAGGGAAGAUAUGGGGAAGCAUGAUCUGAAUCAUUUUCAGAAUGUGUAAGUUACCUGAUUUUUGCCUGGGGAUGCAGCAGAAAGCGAAAGUCCCACAUUGGGGUUAUACUUUUAGAAAGAAUGAGGCAUUUUACGAGCCAACAAAUUAACUUGUUUAUUUACCUUGAAAUAAUAUUUACUUUGAGUUGUAUCUCCAGAGUUCAGAUUUCUCAGUUGUAGGUCCAGUAAUGUAAUAGGUAACAGGACUCCUCAUCUGAACCACCUACUCUCCAGGGGGAUUCUGAAUAGAAGGUGUAUUUUUAUUGCAAUCCCUGUAGGAAGAGAUAAAACAAAACAUGAAAGGGGAAGAAGAAAAGCCUGCAGGUCAGGAGGCAUACAAAUUCAUAUUUUAACCACACCCAGAACUCUACACAAACUUUUUAUUCUUAACUGUAUUCUAGCCCAGCAAAAGUUAUCCUUCUCCAACAAAUACUCUACCUGUAAGAGCACUUUGGAACUGUGGGUAAAACUAAAGACUUCAGUGUUUCUAUUUAUCCCAAGUUGGUGUGUGAGGUUGAACUGGAAAAUUGCCCUGAGGCAUACCUCAGCCAGAUUUUGAGAGGGGAGAUAUGGGAGAUGACUCCAGAAAUUAGUGAUUGUGUGUAUGUGUGUAUGUGUGUGUCUGUGUCUAAUAACAUUCAGCCUGGAGUUCCGUGAUUUUAGAAAUGUAAAAAUAAAGAAUCAUUUUCUAUUUGGAAGGACAUUAAUAUAUGAA